UAUCACGUGAGGUGGCUGUUUGCGCUCGAGCCGCUUUUCUCCCGCGGCCUGGUGGAAAAGGCUGAGGGAAGAUCAGCAGAAGUUGCAGUCAGAUCGAAAAGAUUCAAACGCCCUUUACUGCGAUGUGGAAAGGCGAGAAACCGCCUGUGAGCUGCCCCUGUGUAAAAGCAAAGGCUUCACAGUGACUUGCGAACACCAUGGUUGUGCCCCCUAUUGAUACUCCCACCCCUUCCAACAUGGUAGCAGAUGUGGUUUUUGUUAUCGAAGGUACCGCGAACCUUGGGCCAUACUUUGAAUCUCUCCGGAAGCAUUAUAUUCUUCCAGCAAUUGAGUAUUUUAAUGGUGGUCCUCCAGCAGAAACAGACUUUGGUGGUGAUUAUGGAGGCACACAAUACAGUUUAGUUGUGUUUAAUACUGUGGAUUGUGCCCCGGAGUCAUAUGUACAGUGUCACGCUCCCACCAGCAGUGCGUAUGAGUUUGUCACCUGGCUUGACAGUAUUCAGUUUAUGGGUGGUGGAGGGGAGAGCUGUAGCUUGAUUGCAGAAGGAUUAAGCACGGCACUGCAGCUGUUCGAUGACUUCAAGAAAAUGCGAGAGCAAAUUGGGCAGACUCACAAAGUUUGUGUUUUGAUCUGUAACUCUCCUCCAUACUUACUGCCGGCUGUGGAGAGCACCACCUACUCUGGCUUCACCACAGAUAAUCUGGUGCAGAUGAUCGGAGAUAGAGGGAUCCAUUUCUCAGUGGUGUCUCCUCGUAAGCUUCCUGCCUUGCGUGUACUCUUUGAAAAAGCAGCACUAAAUAAUGUCGUGGAAACUCCGCUGAAGGACUACAGCCAGGACCCACGUCAUAUGAUAAUGAUCCGAGGGAUGGUGCUUCCUGGUGGAGGAACAGUUGCAACUACUACAUUGCCACAGAAGCCAGCUCCUCCACAGCCACAGCCAUCAGCACAACAGCAGCCAAGUCUGUUGUCGAGUCAACCACCGGCACCCCAGUUAUCACAGUCUCAGCCGCCAUCACAGUCCCAGGCAAUGCCUUCUGUUUCGCAGCCAUAUCAGGGCCCUGCAGUGUCUGGUUCCCUCGCUGCUGCUCAGGCUGCUGCUCAGAUUGCCGUGGAAACAGCGACCAGUCAGCUGAAGGCAGCUGUAGUCCCAUCAACCAAUCGAUUUCCUGCAGUAAGCCAGAUACCUCCAGCUUCUGGUGUGGGAGCCAUGUUCAGCCAGGCUACUCCUCAAGCAUUAACGACAAGCCCUGUGGCCAGCAUAACCAAAGUCAUCCCAUCCACUGCUUCCAUGAUGACUGCAGCAGCACAAUCUAGCCUGGUUACCACUGGCGUUCCAUUACCACAGCAGCCACAGGCUGCACAGCAGCCCAACCAGCAGUCCAUGCAGACUGUGGGUGUUGGAGCCGGUGCUGGAAAUGUGGUUGGAGUUACUGUGGCACCUAGCUCAGUGGCCAAUAAAAUCCUAGCAUGGAGUGGAGUCUUGGAAUGGCAAGAGAAACCCAAACCUGCAUCAGUGGAUUUGAAUGCGAAACUGACACGAUCACUUCCUUGCCAGGUCUACGUCACCCCUGGGGAAAACCUGAAGACAGACCAGUGGCCUCAGAAACUUAUCAUGCAGCUCAUUCCACAACAAUUAUUGACAACACUCGGACAUUUAUUCCGUAAUUCUCGAAUGGUCCAGUUUCAGUUCACAAACAAGGAUUUGGAGUCAUUAAAGGGACUGUAUCGAAUAAUGGCUAAUGGCUUUGCAGGCUGCGUCCAUUUUCCACACAGCGCUCCAUGUGAGGUCCGUGUCUUGAUGCUACUGUACUCCUCCAAGAAGAAAAUCUUCAUGGGUUUGAUCCCAAAUGACCAGAGUGGCUUUGUGAAUGGAAUCCGACUAGUCAUAACCAACCACAAGAAAGCACAGCAGCAGAAAAUUGAACAGCAGAGAAAUCAAAUGGGUGGAACACAACCAUUGGGGACUGGUUCUAUUCCAAACCCACCAUUUAUGCAGAAGCCCGGGACAAUGCCAGUCUCUCAAGGAGUGCAGCAGCAACAGAUGUCAGGUCAGCCAGUGACCACCUCAAUACCUCAGGUUCAUACAGUUACAACAAUGGAUGACCAACAGCGGCAGCAAAAUCUGCAGCAAAUGCAGCUUAGAGCGCAGCAGCAAGCCCAGGCUGUGACACAGCAGCAACAGUCAGGUGGCCCUCCUCAGAAUCCACCUCCGGCUCCACAGCAGACUGGACCCCUGCUCCGACCACCCAACCCUGGGGCUAACCCACAACUUCGCAGCCUGCUCCUCAGUCAGCAAACAUCUCAGAGUGGAGUUCCACAGCCACAACAACCUAUGCACCAUAUCCAGCAGCAAGCUUCUCAGAUGCUGUCCCAUCAGUCCAUGGGUCAGCAGAUGUCCCAUCACCCUCAAGGACAACAACUCCAGAUGCAAGGGCAACAGCUAAUGCACCAAGGUCCUGGGCAACCAUGGGGCAACCAGAUGGCUCAACGCCCACCUUUACAAGGCCAGAUGAUGAUGAAUGCAGGCCCACGGGGCCCAGUACCUCAAGGUGGAUUGCAGCAAGGCACCAGUCUGUUGGAAGAAGAGAUUCUGAUGGAUCUAAUCUAAAAGCUUCCCAAGUCUGACUUCUCUAUGUGCAGGGUCUGGACAUGACAUACGGAAGUCCAAACUGGGAGUCAUCAAGAUGAACUUUUUGUCCUGUAAGGACAAUCAAAAGAAAAUUCACAAUUGACUUGCUAUCCUGUUUAAAUGGGCUAGUGGUAGGAGAUGGAUGAGUCUUUUUUUAAAUAUUAGGUUUUCCCAAAUCAGUAGAGGUUGUGUGGAUCAGGCAACCUGAUUGGUACUAAACCACUUUUUAAGAAAGAUUCAAGAUGCAUUUGAGUGCUGCAUCCGCAGUAGUUUGAAGGUUGCUUUCAUUUUGUUUGUUUUUGCCCAUGUGUAUUGAUCUGAUUACUGUAGUUUUUAAAAAAAUAAUGUAUUUAAUUUUAUUUUUGAGAAAAGGCAACCUGUGUCUGUUUUUUUGUUUCUUCUUUACAUCCUCUUUAGUCAGCAGAUCUGAAAAUAGUCUCCAAGUAAUCGACAUUGUAACUAGGGCUGCUGGCUUGACCCAUGACGUUGGCAGUCAGUAGAGAUCAUGCUGUCGACUCUAAAGGCUGCUUUGCUGACGCUGCAAGUUCGCUGAAUGCUUCAGUAGCUCUUAAGAACUGAUGUCUCCACAUCAGAGUCUACACUUGUAAGUAUGAAAAAGAGAACUUUUUCUUCUGAAGAAAAUGAGAAUAACCAGUUUUCAUAUUAAAAGUUUUUAGAUGUGUCACAAACAGUUAAAGUUUUGGUCUCUGUCUAGUCUCAUGACUAACAUGGGGUAACAUGGAUCUGGACUUGCAAGGGAGUGAGAAGUAAGCUAUUGAAGUGUAGAUGAAUUCAGGGAUAAAAAUGGGUGAGUGUUUUGCCAGGGUGCAUUGAAGAAGUGCAGCUUUGUUUGCUGACUUGGAUGGUUCCUUUGUCUACUUCCAUUUAAGUUUCAGCUUUCAGUGGUUGCCUUUCUUUUCGUUAUGUGAUGAAGCAUGGCUUUGAUUUCCCAUUUUCACUAUGCAUUGUUCCAUAAAAUUCCGUAUCCAGAACAUAAGACAAAUGAAGUGGUGUUUACAAUUGCAAGACCAAAAAGAACUCCCUUUUUAUUUGAAAGGAAAUGACAUCCAGAAAAGUGUCAGUAUUUUAGGUGUUUGGGAGUUGAAACACUACUGAGAUCUCCUGUAUUGGGCAAGGUGUAGGGCAGCAAUAGGAGUUGGCCAAGGUGCAGUAAGAUGAUUUGACAUCUGGAUGGUUGCAUUUGAGCUACAGUGUAUAAGAGGGUGAUGCAAGGCAGACAAGCAUGGCAUACCGUGACAGCAGAUCUCAUUGGUAAGAGUAGUUACCAGCAGCUACAUUAUCCCUCCCACACUCUUCUCCCCCAACACUUCUCACUGCUCAGUUAGGCACCCUCCUGUCCACUUGGGGUUCAAGUCCCACUCGAGAGACUUUACAAAAUCUAAACUAACACUCUGCAGUUGUGAGGGAGAUACCUUUUUUUGGAUAUGUUAAACUGAUGCCCUGUCAGAUGGGUGUAAAAAUAUGCUGAUAGCACUAUUCUGAAGAAGGAUAGGGAGUAAAGCAAAUAAUCAGGUCAAUUAUCUCAGCUGUCCUUGGGAAUCUCAUUUCAAAUUUUGUUGUUACAACUACAGUAAUGACUUUAAUGAUUCUGAAGCACUGUAGGGCAUCCUGUGACAUGAAACAUGCUAUAUAAGUUCAAGUUUGUUCCAUGACAGUUAAGAUGCUCAAUGUUGGAGGUUCCUGGAUUCUCAAUUUGUCUACCUUCACUUGGAAGAAUGCAUUCAACUUAUACUGCCAUUUUCUCCUAGCAAGUAGCCCAACUCACUGUCAUGCUCACCGGGGAGAAGCGCCCCUUUCAAUGGAUUCUAUUUCACGCAGGAUAUCCUGAUAUUAAAUGGUACCACUCCAGAAACACUUCUCAGAUGAGCAAAGUUAAUUUGGUUCAUAUUUCAUUUGUAAAGUUCCUAAGCAGUAGUUCUCAUUUAUUUUAAUCCCCAACUGAAUUAACUUGGGCUGUCCCAUGGGGCCUGAUUUCCUCUUGGUCCGGAGUACCAGUACUUCAGCCAAGUGCCUGCAAUUUCUGGGUGAGUACUGGCAGAACAUUUGACCUGAAACAGGUUUUAUGAGCACCAGUCUGGUUCGUUAACUCAGCACAAGCUAGCCAUCAAACCUGGUGACCUUCUGUUCAUCACAACUGGUCAUUCAAUGUCUGAACCAUGAGUAUAUCAGGAAAGCUGGAAUGUACUAUUUCAACACAGUACUUAAGAUACAGAGCUGGGUAUUCAGUCUAGCAGUUCAGUGUCAGUGUUUAUGCUCUUCCCACGAUUCUUCUCACUCCAUCAAAAUAACCUUCUUUUCCUUUCUCCUUCUGAUUACUGCACUUCCUCUUAAAUGUUUCAGCAUCGUGCUUACCAUUAGGGCAGCCAACACAAAAAUGACCAGUCUGACCUGGAUUGCUAAUCUUUGAAACCUUGAAUUUCAAGAUGAGUAAGAGAAUCAAGUCAAACAAUCUGCAUUUUUAGCUUGCUAUGGGUUUUUCAAUAAAUAAUAAGGUUCCCUACAACAUUUGAGAGUCCUGUCUAUGGGGAAUUAAAUAUUCUUGUCUGUUCAAUUGGCCAUCUCAAGAAAUGAACCUUGUUAACAGUAUCAUUCAGGGCACUAAAUUUAAUGCUGGCUUUUUAAAAAUUGAUUUAAUUCUCAUUUUUUAUGAGAAUAAAUAAAAACUAGUUUAUUGCAGUUACAAGUUCCACAUUUUUAACACUGCUAUUUGACAGGAAUGGUACCCAAUAGUAUACUGCUGUACACAGUUAAUGUUCAGAGGAAGUGUGCAUUCCCCACCCACUGCCUUCCCUCUGCAUGUCCCUGACUGGCCUUUUCACAUUUUCGGAGAGAUGGAUUUUUAUUCAAUGUGGCAUCAUCUUCAUGUCUUUUUUUUUAACGUGUUGUCUCUUGGUGUUGUGGUUUAUAUCCUUCAGAUGUUGUGCAGAAAUUCUGGAAGUGUUUGUAAUGUGUAUCAAGGGAUGAGAAGAGGAAUAAUGUGCUAAGUGAACGCUGUAUAGUUUCAUUUCAGAUCAUAAAUAAAUUUAUUCUUAAUGGC